AUGGAUCCCAUUACGAAUGCUCUCAACAAUACUUUAUCCCUUACGGAGGAAGAGGGUUCUGUUUUUGCCUUACCAGAGGAGGCUGCAACUUCGUCUAUCCCGACUUCUGCUCAUCUGAUUUUUGCCUGUGUACUCACUGAUAACUAUGUCCAUAAGCCAAAUUUUAUUGAACAAAUGUCUGGUCACUGGGAGGGCUGUUAUCCUGCUGUUGUUUCUGCUUAUGGGGAGGAGUUAUUUAAAGUUUCUUUUGGUUGUGCUGGGGACAAGUUUAGAGUGAUGAACAAAGAGCCAUGGCAUUUCCAAAAUCACCUUAUCGUGAUGCACUCACCAACUGCUCUGCAAAAUGUCUCAACCAAUGAUUUGAUAUUCACCCCCUUUUGGGUGCAAAUAUACAGAUUGCCUUUCUUAAGCAAGUCCAAGACCCUUGCAAGAGCUUUAGGAAAUCUCAUUGGUGAGUUUUUGGAUGUUUAUGAGGAGUCACUUGAUGAGGGGUGGGGUCCUUUCCUUCGGAUUCGUAUUAAACUGCCAGUUAAUAAGCCUCUCCCUCGUGGAGAAAUGAUCAGCCUCCCUAAAGUUCGUGAUGAGUUUUGGAUUGAUUUUUGGUAUGAGCAUCUUCUGGAAUUUUGUUUUGAGUGUGGAUACCUCGGACAUCCUUUUGAAAAAUGCAUCAAGUUUAUGGAACGAAUGGAUAAUGGUAAUGAUGAUGAUCUCCCAUAUGGUCCUUGGAUGAAAGGUGCCAAGCUUCCUUCUACGGGCUAUGAUAAGUAUCAGACCGAUUUUUCCAAAGGCAAUGCCUAG